AUGGUCACUCCAGUCGAGCGGCCGGAGCCUACCUACGCCAUGGACAGCUCAACCCACCUACCACCAGGGCCUGCACACGGACAACGAUCUUCAGACGACGACGGCACCUUUGUGGGAGAAGAACUGAGCCAGAAGAACUCGAACCCAGGCCAGACGGCACUUCCUCAGCUUGAUACGGGAGCUCGCCGAGCCCGAGCGGGCAGCCACUUGACGGUUGAUACAGUCCACCUCGGUCCACCAGGGUCACUGCAGUCUCCCUCGCAGAAUCGGGAGCAGGCUAGUCGCUUGAAUGAUGACCUAGCAAUGCUCCAAGUCGAGCGCGAGGUUUCUAUUGCCGAGGAUCUCGAAAAAGGACAGUCGACAAAUCGAUCCGUGCGACGAACCCGCUCACGCAGGGACGAACCCGAAGACGAGUUCGAUGUGGCUACGAACCCCUUGCACGAAAGAACGGCCAUCUACAAACCGCCAGAGAAUCCAUCCACCCGCGUGUCCCGCUUCUUCAAGAAAGUCCACAACUCGAGUUGGGUUGUCCGGUACUUCACCUACAUUACACCGUUGGUUCUAAUCAUUCUCAUUCCUCUUUUACUGGGAGCAUUGCUCUUCAAGAACGCGUCCGUGGGUGGUGUCAAGAUGUCCUGGUUCUGUAUAUGGCUCAUGAUCAUCUGGUUGUCUCUUUGGGCUGGCAGGACCAUCGCCAAAUGCCUGCCUUGGCCUAUCGGACUAAUCUCAAGUCUCUUCACCAACAACAGCAAGAAAUGGCGAGACAUGGGCAAACAACUUGAACUCCCUGCGACGCUGUUUUUCUGGUUCCUCGCCAUCGAGAUAUCAUUCCUUCCUACUAUGAAGCACCACCACACCAACAAUGACUCCGCCACGAAGAACUGGGAAUCGAUCCUGAACAAGAUUCUUAUCUCGCUCCUUGUCGGAAUGACACUCAACUUCAUUGAAAAGAUCAUUAUCCAACUCAUUGCUAUCAGCUUUCAUUUGCGCACAUACGCUGACAGAAUUGAGUUGAACAAAUUCCAAAUCGGGAGCUUGGCUAAGCUUUACAAGUAUUCGAAAGAGAAGAUCGCCAUGGAGGACUCUGAGUUCGAAGCACAAGGCAUGGCAUCUGGUGCUCGUACACCAGGCCAGUACAUUAAAGAGGCUCAAAAGAACACCAAGGAAGCCUUCAGCAAAUUCGGGGACAUCGCCGGAAAGGUUGCUGGGGAUUUCACUGGUCGUGAAGUUAAUGGGAGUGGUCACCCAAAUCAGGUUGUCCUGACGCUUCUCGGUAGCACUUCCGGCAGCCAGGUCCUGGCGCGCCGAUUGUAUCGAACCUUUGCACGCCUAGAAACGGAGACCGUGCACUCGGAUGACCUUAAAGACGCCUUCGAAAACAACGAUGAGGCAGACGCAGCAUUUUCCAUGUUCGACAAGGAUAUGAACGGUGACAUUUCCAUGGAAGAGCUGGAGGCGGUUUGUGUUGAGAUCGGUCGUGAACGCAAAUCCAUCACUGCGUCCUUGAAAGAUCUGGAUUCCGUGGUCAGCAAGCUCGACGACGUGUUCUUGUUUAUCGUUAUCGUCAUCACCGUCCUUGUCUUCGUCUCGAUCAUCUCAACUUCUGCCGCAGGCGUCCUCACCUCUGCUGGUUCCUCGGUUCUUGCUCUUUCUUGGCUCUUCUCAGCCACGGCGCAGGAAUUCUUGCAGUCCGUCAUCUUCGUCUUUGUAAAGCACCCCUUCGAUGUCGGAGACCGCGUCACCAUUUACGGUAACACUGGUGCCGCAGGUCUCGGAGACGAUUACUUUGUCAAAGAGAUUGCAUUGCUCUACACGGAGUUCAAGAAGAUGGAAGGCCAUGUUGUUCAAGCACCCAACAGCUACUUGAACACGCUGUUUAUUCUCAACCAACGUCGUUCCGGUGCUCUUGCGGAGGCAGUCCCUGUCGUCAUCAAAUUCGGCACCACUCUUGAACAGAUUGAUUCUCUCCGCCAACGGUUGCUUGAAUUCGUCACUGCUGAAAAGCGUGAAUACGGGUCCAACAUCCUCACAGAGCUGAGACAAGUCACCGAAGUCCACUCGCUCACACUCAAUGUCGUCUUCUUCUACAAGUCCAACUGGCAGAACGAGCUGCUCCGUCUCCAACGCCGCAACAAGUUCAUCUGUUGCUUGAUGGUGUCGAUGCAAGAAUGCGGGAUCGAAGGACCGCGCAUGCGCUUCCCUGGUCAGAAGGAGUCCUUCCCUGUGUAUAUGCAGAAUCUUCCUCACCAAGCGACACCUGGCGUCGGUCACAAUGGAACACCCGACAACCCGAGCGGAAUGCUCCACCAACAACCCCAGGAUGAGCCUAUCGUUGCUCCGCCUGUUUAUGGAAGUGAUGGCCCCGCCGAUGGCAAAGAUCACGAAAGUGUCCCUGGCCGACAGCAUUCCAUUCUUCGUACGGGUGGUGGGCGUGCUCGCGGUGAGUCCAUGGCAGCCAUGGGCCGCCGUGUUGACUUCUCGCUUGGUAUGAAGGAUGUCAGCUUCACCGAGAUGCCCGGCGAUGUCUUCGAAGACAGGGAGAACGCUAUCCAGCAACGAGCUACCGUGGUCAGGGUCACCUCACCUUCUCGCCACUCCACAGAGCGCGGCUCGUCCAACGACAUGGCUCGCUCCACCUCAAUUGCCUCCCGCCCGAGCCACCAGUCUGGCCGUCUCCAGCGCGUCAACACGGAUAGCUCACAAGCACGGGAGCGAAGCAACCACAGGAACCGCUUCUUCAGCCGCAACCGGCACCAUGGCCAAGACGAGGAGGCCGCCAUGGCCGACAUCCCCGAGAGCGCCUAUGACUCCAACUCCAACGGAAGCAAAGAGAAGCUUGAUCCGCGCUCCGGCCUCAUCAGCCCCCAAGCGGUGCGAAUGAGCAACGACGAGCCGCGCGCGACGGAGAGUUCUGGCGCCCUCCCCACAGAGAGCAUAGACCAUGCGUUCCACGCCCCAAGCCGCUCUCAAACGGACAACUACGAGAUGAGGCGGUUCCACUAA